AUGUAUCGUAACAGACGACUUAUGUUUGGAAUCAACUGUGCACCAGAGAUUUACAAUAAGGUUACGUCGCAGGUGUUAAGUGGUCUUCAAGGUGUGAACAGUAUCUUUGAUGAUAUUAUAGUCCAUGGGAAAGAUACGGCUGAACACAACGUCCGGUUAGAACUUUUAUUGACGAGACUACAGGAAAAGGAACAGGAAGUGCAGGAAGAAAAUGAAAAUUCCAUGUGCACAGAAGAAUACAUACGAUUUGUUGUAGAUGAAAGUACACCGGUUGCCAUGAAGGCAAGUAUAAUUGAGCAAGAAUCUCGGAAAGAUUCUGAAUUGACAGAUAUUCAGCAGUUACUGAAAACUCGCAGAUGGUACGAAACUGACAAUGCACAAAAUUUCAACAGCAGGGAGCUGAACGAGUAUCUUGAAACUAUAAACAUUGAACAUAGAAACACAACACCGUUAUGGCCACAGGCCAAUGGGGAAAUUGAAAUCCAAAACAUAUCCAUCAUAAAAAGAAUACGAAUCGCUCAUGUGGAAAAGAAAAAUUUGGAGGAGGAAUUACAAACUUACCUCAUGAUGUACAGGUCGACACCACAUACAACUACAGGGGUUUCUCCAGCAGAAAUGUUGUUUCGACGUAAAAUUCGUACAAAAAGUCCGGAAAUCUCUGAUUACGAUCAGCAAGACCAGGAAAUAAGGGACAGAGACAGCGAGGAAAAAGAAAAAGAAAAAAUAUAUGCCGAAGAAAGAAGAAAUGUUCGCGAUUGUGAUAUUCAUGAUGGUGAUUUGGUGUUGGUAAAGCAGAAAGAGCAGAAUAAAUUAUCAACUCAAAUAAUCAAAAUCAUAUGUCAGUAUUAA